GUUUUGGUUUUGGUUGAUGGGAAACAAAUAGACAAAUCAAACAAUGGCCAAGGUUUUGGGGAAAACAAGUAUUUUAUCAGCUUGUGACCAUAGCCAGAAGAAGAAUAAAAAAGGUGGAGGUUCUUUGUAUUCUAGGAGAAUUCCUGGGAUUUGUUUUAAAGAAGAUAGAUUUACUUCCUUGAAGAUGAAAUCUAUGGCUUUGAGGUGUGAUUUUAAUGGGCAAAGAGUGGUCUAUUUGGAAAGGAAAAUUGUGGACACGAGAAGGUUUCUUCAGGUUCCCCUUAAAGUACAGUUGAAUCAAAUACGAACUGGCCUUAUUGGUAAAACUCCAAAGUGGUGGGAGACUGGACUGCAACCAAAUAUGAAAGAAGUGACAUCUGCACAAGACCUUGUGGACGCUCUGUUCGAUGCUGGUUAUAAACUCGUUAUACUAGAUUUCUACUCCCCUGCUUGUGGUGGCUGCAAGGCUCUUUUUCCCAAGACUUGUCAAUUGGCAAAGAUGAACCCGGAUUCGCAGUUUCUUCAGGUGAAUUAUGAGGAGCACAAAUCCAUGUGUUAUAGCCUUAAUGUCCAUGUGCUGCCUUUCUUCCGAUUCUAUCGUGGAGCGCAGGGGCGUCUAUGCCAGUUUAGCUGCACCAAUGCGACGAUCCAAAAGUUCAAGAAUGCUUUGGCAAAGCACACAACAGAUCAAUGCAGCCUUGGGCCGGCAAAGGGUCUUGAUGAGAAGGAGCUAUUGGCAUUAGCUGCCAACAAAGACCUUUCCUUUACCUACAAACCAAAACCAGUUCAACCCAAUCCGUAUCGUGUUCCUGCAAAGAAAGACAUCCUGGUAUCGAAAACAUGCUUAAACCCGAAAGAGAGUGAGGGGAAAACCUUGGUUGGUGCUGGGGGAUGAUGUCAGGUUUCCUUUUGGCAGACCUCAAAGGUCUUCCCCACAGUUGCCAUUGUAGUACAGAGUUCCAUGUUCGUCUUCCAUAUACAAACAUUUAUGUUAUAAAUGGAAAACAUAGUAGAGGUUGAAAUGCCAUUAAUGGCAACUUGUCUCCUCCAUGGAGUUGUAGGUUAUGGAUUUAAUUUUUUGGAUCCUAGCCCGCUUUUGGUUCAAGGGUGAUUGAAGAGCAAGUAGCUGUGAAUAUGUUGAUGUAAAA